AUGGGUUCAGACGAGUCUAGUGGAGAGUUUGACUCUCCGAUGGCUUUGAACGUGGCCCGCCUGGUGGCCUGUGUGGUCCUGGGCUUGGCAUUUAUCUUGGGCGUCCCGGGCAAUCUGGCCGUGGUGUGGACAGUGUGGCGAAGGAUGAAAGCUCCCCAGCCAACCGUGCUGCUCAUCCUCAACCUGGCGGCCGCUGACCUGCUGGCGCUGGUGACGGUGCCCUUCUGGAUUCACGCGCUCAGCGGUGCCUGGAGCCUGGGACCCUCCGUGUGCCGGGUCCUGGUGUGGCUGGUGAACGGCUCCAUGUUCUCGGGCGUACUGCUCAUUACGCUGCUGAGUGCCGAACGCCUAGCGGCUCUGAGCCGCCCCUUCCACCUGCAACGCUGGUGGCAGCGGGCCGGAACACGUAGGGUGCUGGGGCUCCUGUGGGUAGCCGCCCUAGCGCUGGCAGCGCCGGCCCCGCUCACGGCGGACACCAGCAGCUGCCUGCAGCGCCACUUCUCGUCUGGCCGGCAGCUGGUGACGCUUCUCCUGCUGGAGACGGUGGCGGGCUUCGUGGGGCCCUUCACUGUUAUCGCUGUCUGUUCUGCCUUCUUCCGUAGUCGUCUGCGCACGCUGUGCCACCCCUCCAAGCGCCGCGCCGGCCGCAUCGUGGCUGCCGUGGUGGUGGCCUUCGCCGGCUUCUGGCUUCCCUACCACGCAUCAAACGGGGCGGCCGUGGCCGCCGAGCUGCUGGAAGACUCGUCGGAAGAGCUGGCCGCCUGGUUGCUCUCUGCAGCCGCCGUGGGCCACAGCAUCUCGGGGCCCCUGACCUUCUUGAGCAGCUGUAUCAACCCUCUGCUGUACGCCUUCGCUGCCCGUCGGAGCGGCGGGCUCCGGGGCUUGGCCGCCCUUUUCACCCGGAUGGUCCCGAGUUUCGACAGCGAUGGGGCCCAUGAGGCGGCCAGCCAGAGUUGUGGGGAAAGCGCUUCUGGGCAAGCCUUGGCCUUGGACCGUCGUGAUUCUGCCUCGUAA